UGAAAGAUGAGAUAGCAGAAGUGACGAAUGAGAUCGAGAACCUGGGGUCCACAGAGGAGAGGAAAAACAUGCAGAGGAACAAGCAGGUGGCUAUGGGCAGGAAGAAGUUCAACAUGGAUCCCAAGAAGGGCAUCCAGUUCCUGAUCGAAAAUGACCUGCUGAAGAACACGUGUGAGGAUAUUGCUCAGUUCCUUUACAAGGGAGAGGGCCUCAACAAGACAGCAAUCGGUGACUACCUGGGUGAGAGGGACGAGUUCAACAUCCAAGUCCUGCAUGCCUUCGUGGAGCUGCAUGAGUUCACUGACCUCAACCUCGUGCAGGCCCUGCGGCAGUUCCUGUGGAGCUUCCGGCUGCCCGGGGAGGCACAGAAGAUCGAUCGGAUGAUGGAGGCCUUUGCCCAGCGGUACUGCCAGUGCAACCCCGGCGUCUUCCAGUCCACAGACACGUGCUAUGUGCUCUCCUUCGCUAUCAUCAUGCUGAACACCAGCCUGCACAACCCCAAUGUCAAGGACAAACCCACAGCGGAGCGCUUCAUCGCCAUGAACCGUGGCAUCAACGAUGGGGGCGACCUACCUGAGGAGCUGCUCCGGAAUCUGUAUGAGAGCAUCAAGAAUGAACCCUUCAAAAUCCCUGAGGAUGAUGGCAAUGACCUCACCCACACCUUCUUCAACCCCGACCGGGAGGGCUGGCUCCUGAAGCUAG